AUGUGGAGUGAUACUAUGUAUGAUACAAAGGUUGUCGAUAGUGGUUAUGAGCCAGGGCUUGAGAAAUCCAUGGUUGGAUCUCAUUCAUUUGAUCUUCUUGUGUCUGACGGUGUAAAAGGCGCAGCUAUAGAAGUCAUUAAUCAGCGUCAAGAUCAUGAGAUGAUAAAAACCGAUCAAAAGAAGAACAUGAAGAGAAGCAAACGAUUGAGAAAAGCCAAAGAAAAAUGGAAUACUAGUGAGGACAGGCAAAAAGAUGUCUGGAGUGAAGAAGAAGAUCAUAUAUUGAUUGAAGCUCACAAGGUUGUUGGCAACAAGUGGUCAAAGAUCUCCCGUGAACUCCCUGGAAGAAGCGAAAAUGAUAUUAAGAACCACUGGAAUGCAGCAAUACGUCGGGCGGACUGGAAGAAAACUAAGCAAAUUGAUGAGAAUGCAAGCAUGCCCCAAGAUAGCAUACUUAAAAACUACAUAAGGUGUGCCACAAUCAACAAUAAGCUUCGAAAGGACACUGAAAUCGCAGGUAAUACCAAAAACAGUAAGAAUAUUUUUGAUGGAAAGAUGAAUAUGAGUCUAGACGAUACAAAUCAGACAGUCAAACCAUGGAUCAAUGCGUCUACAUCAUCAACUUAUGGUCAAGAGCCAGCAAUGUUUUCAUGUGAUGAUUACUUUACAAAGGUUUGUGAAUCCAUGGGUGACAUUGAAAUGCUCAUGGAUGGGUGGGAAUAA